UAGUAAUAAAAGAAGAAGAUGUAAUAUGACAUUUGUUCUUGUUGACAUAUCGCCUCCCAUAUGAAAAAGUUAUCCGAAUUUUACAAAAUAUUAUGGCAUACAAGGCUAAGCUGAAAGAAUUCGACGACUUGCUGCAACAAGACAUCAUAGAUCUCGAAACUUUGAAAACAUUAUCAUUUAGAGGCAUACCGGACGAUCAAUCAAAACGUCCUUUGUGUUGGAAAUUACUAUUGAAUUACCUACCGCCCGAGCAAAACGAAUGGAAAAAAUGCCUAAGCGAAAAAAGAGAGCUCUACAAGCACUUUAUAAAAGAAAUGAUAGUAAUACCUGGGAGCAAAGAGUCCAGCGGGGACGUCACGAUGGGCGAUCACCCUUUAAACAUAAACCCUGACAGCGAAUGGCAGACUUUCUUUAAAGACAACGAAGUCUUGCUUCAAAUAGACAAAGACGUGAGGAGACUCUGCCCCGACAUAUCAUUUUUCCAGCAACCCACCGAAUUUCCCUGCAAAGAUAUCGUAAACGGGGAAGACGGUAAACGACUGCACAGCAGAGUACAAAGAAGCGUUCUGAAAUGUGCCAAUGUGGAGAGAAAGGGAUUAGGCAUAACAAAGAUUGCUCUACUAUCAAAAAAAGCAAACGAAGACUACGCUCCGAUGACUGAAGGUAAGGAGGCCCAUUGGGAAGUAGUGGAAAGGAUAUUAUUUUUGUACGCUAAAUUAAAUCCAGGACAAGGGUAUGUUCAAGGAAUGAAUGAAAUCGUCGGUCCGAUUUAUCACGCAUUUGCAUCAGAUGCAGACAUCUCUUUUAGAGAACAUGCCGAGGCGGAUUGUUUCUUCUGCUUCACGAAUUUGAUGUCCGAGAUUCGAGACUUUUUCAUAAAGAGCUUGGACGAAUCGGAUCGAGGAAUCAACGAAAUGAUGAAUAGAUUGUUGAAUCAAUUGAAAGUUUGCGAUUUGGAUGUCUGGCUCAAAUUCCAACAAUUAGAUCUUAAGCCUCAAUACUACAGUUUUAGAUGGAUAACACUUUUACUUUCUCAAGAAUUUCCACUGCCUGAUGUCCUUAGGAUAUGGGACUCGCUGUUUUCCGAUAAAAAGAGAUUUAAUUUUUUGAUAUACGUAUGUUGUGCAAUGAUAGUAAUAUUAAGAAACCAAUUGCUCGAUGGUGACUUCCCGUCCAAUCUGAAGUUAUUACAAAACUUUCCCUCGAUGGACGUGCAAAUAAUUCUAUCUAAAGCCGUUGAAUUGUCUCAAUCAAGAUGCUUCAAAAUGAAUACUCAUUAAUUAUUAUUAGGAAAUGAUAAUUUGUCUUAUUUACUCAUUAUUUUUCGAUUUGUACAAAAACUAAGAUCAUUUAUAGAUUAAGUUUAGAAAAACUUGCCUUUUUUAUCGCCAAUAUACACUUUUUAUUCACUGCUUUAAUUUUUGAAUUAUAAAAAAUUUUAUAUUUGAAACAAGUGGCCUCUUUUACCUAAACUAUUCGUCAACCCGUACAAACGAACGCUUCUUUAAAAUGUCAAAACUG